CCAAGGCCAACGUGACAAAAUCACCCUCGAAGAUUUCAUCUUUCUAUUGGGCCACCUCCGUUUGCAGUAUGGAUACUCAUGGGAAGACAUGAUGCGUGAAUUCCAUCAUCUACUCGCCGGAGACGCCCAGGAGUGGUACUGGCUGUUUAUAAAAACGAACCACGUAUCUGAUUGGCCAAAUUUGCAGCACGCGCUCUUAUGUGGGUUCGGUUCGCAUCGUAACGAUUACGAGCUACGUCGAGAUCUCGCCGAACGCCGUCAGCAGCCUGGGGAAUCGGUCGACGCCUUUUUCCAUGCGAUUGAUAUGUUAAGAUCGCGUCUACACAGCCCCAUACCGGAAUACGAGGCCGUAAAAAUCAUCAAAUGCAACCUCCGGGAAUUCUUGGCGCGAAUGGUGUACCCGAUGACGUUUCACACCGUAGAGCAGUUGCGAGUUGAAUGUAUCGAAGCGGAGCGGAGUUUUUCGACACGGUAUCGGCCAGCGACAGGCGGAGUGUACCAACAGCGAGCACACCAGGUGCAUGAACUUGCUUACCCAGACUGCAGCGACCACCGAUUCAAUGACGAUGAGGGUCAAGUCAUCGUCGACGAAGUGAGUCCAGCUUGGCAGCCAAUGUGCGCGGCAAUCCGUGCCGUCCAGCAGCGUAAGAAGCCGCUGACUUGCUGGAACUGUGGACAAGAGGGGCACUCUUUCACGGAUUGCAUGUCUGCAGCGAAAAAUAUUCUGAUUUAAAUGUGGCAAGCCGGAAUGUAUAACUCCAAAAUGUCCGAAGUGCGCGGCGGGAAACGUAGCCCGGAGCGCGACAAGACCGGAGGAGUCGCGCCCUCAACAAACUCCGGCGGAAAAAUAGAGCCUUGUAAGGAAAACAUAGCAGCAGCGUCCGCAAGCACCUGGGAUGAAAGACUGAAAAGGCGCAUAAAAUUACGAUAUUAAAACGAAAUCCCCUUGUUAACUUAAAAAUUAAUUCUAUCGCAAAACUGAUCGCUGGGAGGUCUCUGGAAGAGCGAAUACGUCAUUACUAUAGUGCUCGACAGCGCAUUUUUCAGCAACACCAACUUAAAGGAGCUCGACGCAUAACCAGGAAAGUGCAGAAGGCGCGUGAACGAUAUCAGAAGCGUAGAUCGGAACGCCUCCACGUUGCGGAAGCAGUUAAAAGCGCGGAUACAAACGACCCUCGCGUUUUCGCCGAUGUAGAAAUACGAGGAAGAAUUAUUAGGGGUCUCCUAGAUACAGGUGCCUCGAUAAGCAUCCUAGGGAAAGGCUGCAGGGAAUUAAUUGAGGAUCUGGACCUCGAAAUUCAACGCUUUGUGUCCACGGUGAAGUCGGCCUCUGGACAAAGCCAUGCUGUACUGGGCAAAACUACGGUAAACGUCAAACAUAGAGAUCAAGACGCAAAUUAACUUUCUACUUAUGUCCUU